AAUCCAACAUGGCGGAGCCUCGACUUCGGCCUCAUGCCCGAUCGCCUCGAUACCUCUGUGUCCUGCUUCGUGGUGAGGAUAUGGGGCGGGAAGAAAGACGCCUACCAGCUGCUGAUAGAGUGGAAAGUCAACCUGGACGGACUCAAAUAUUUGGGCCAGCAGAUACAUGCUCGCGGUCCAAAUGAAAUAAUUUUUGGACUGAACGAUGGUUACUACGGAGCCUCCUAUGAGCAAAAGAGCUCAUCAGAGAGCCAAAGGUCCCACGUUCAAUCCCCGGCAUCUCCAGUUAAAGGAUCUGGUGCUAUAAUAUCCUUUUUGAGGCUCCACCGGGCCCAGUGUGCAAUUAAACAGACUCAGGUAACGGUUCAGAAAAUAGGAAGAGAGAUCGAAGAGAAGCUGAGGCUGACGUCGACCAGCAACGAACUGAAGAAAGAGAGCGAGUGUUUACAGUUGAAGAUCUUGGUGCUUCGGAAUGAGCUGGAGAGACAAAAGAAGGCUCUGGACCGAGAGGUGGCUUUACUGCAGAAGAAGCAGAGCGCGCUCUAUGAGCAAGGAAAAGCGUUUGAAGAGGAGUAUCAGAAGCUCCGGAUUGAUAAAGAGCCUCUGCAGGAGCUGAAGAAAGAAGGCACUGCUAAGAGAGAGCAGUUCUUGAAGACCAAUGCACAGCUGACCAUCAGGUGCAGACAGUUACUCUCAGAGCUUUCCUAUAUUUACCCAAUUGAUUUGAACGACCAAAACGAUCAUUUUAUCUGUGGGGUCAAGUUGCCCAAUUCCGAAGACUUUCAAGCAAAGGAUGAUGGGAGCAUUGCCGUCGCCCUGGGCUACACGGCGCACUUAGUCUCCAUGAUCUCCUUCUUCCUGCAAGUGCCGCUCAGGUAUCCAAUCAUCCACAAGGGCUCCAGGUCUACCAUCAAAGAUAACAUCAAUGACAAGCUGACCGAGAAGGAAAGAGAGUGA